AUGUCGAACGGGAUGGCAGCCGGUAGCGAGCUCCAUAGUACACAUCGAAGACAUGCAAGCCCGAGCUUGUACGCCACCUUGACUAUCAAGUCAACGAUAACACAGCUCAACCACACUAUGUACACCUCACUGCAGCUCCCGCUGCUACUCUUCAGCGGCGCAGCUGACCUCGGGUCAGCCGCAACCCUAUCCAAGCGCCAAUCUGAGCCGAGCAACAUACCCUUUGCGCAGUUCACCACUCCCGCUUCAACAAACAUCAACUUCCGCUUCGCAAUCCCCUCGACCGCCACCGCCAACGCACCCUUCGACAUAUUUCUGAAAGUUAGGGCACCUAACGCCCAGCCCUGGGCGGGCAUCGCAUGA